AUGACAGACAGACUCCAAAACACCGCCAACCAGGUCAUCGGAGGCGCCAAGCAGACCAUCGGACAGGCCAUCGGCAACCCUACCCUCGCCGGCGAAGGUGCCGCCCAGAAGACCCGGGGCGAGAUUACCCAGAAGGCCGCCGAUGCCAAGACCCAUACCGAGGGUAUCGGUCACUCCAUCCAGGGCAACAUCCAGUCCACCUUCGGAUCUGCCGUCGGAAACCCUACCCUCCAGGCCAAGGGAGCUGCCAACCAGGCCCUCGGCAAUGUCGAGCGCAACGUGUAG